AAAAUCCGACAUUCGCUUUCCCUUUCCCAACUUCCCAACCUCCUUCGCCAACUUUAGGACAACAGCCAAAACGAACUGUUCCAGGAAAACCAAAGGCAAAAACGAGAGAAAAAUAGCCACCACGAACCCUUCCUCCCCCACUGUCUCCCACUUUUUCACGUUUUCCGGCGAGCGCGGCGGCUAGCCAUGGAUGGCGUCGGCGGCGGCGGCGGCGGCAUCCUGUCGUACGAGAAGCUGGAGGGGUACGCGAUCUGGGUCGGGGCCAGCGUGGCGUCGGCCUUCUUCGCGUCCAUGGAGAGCUGCUCCUGCAUCCACGUCCACACCGCCGACGACGAGGGCGACGACUACGACCCCGAGGAGGCCAAGGACCGCCCCCUCAUGCUCUCCCGCCCCCAGGCCCUCCCCGAGUACUACUACGACCGAUCCGCCUCCUCCGCCUCCUUCGCCAAGAUGUGAUCUCAUCUGCUGCUCCCUUCUCUGAUCCGCUUCUUGAUUAGUUUCUGCGUGUUCGUGUGAUCUGUGGAUGCGUGUGGUUCAAUUGGCGUUCUUUCGGUGGGGGGCAUUCAAGAAACCAUCGUCCCUGCAUUGUGCGGUGUGUUUGUGUUCAUAAAGUGUGUGACUCGAAUAGCUUAUGGAUUUGUGAUUGUAAUUCUCUUGAGUUUUUUUUUUGGUUCAUCUGUUCUGUACCUGAUUCCUGAUUUGGUCGUAUAAAGCAUCUUGUUCUAUAGAUUUGUGGGAUUCCUUCA